AUGGCGAGCGCGCGCGUGCUCGUGCACGUGCGGCGCGGGAGGGCGGGGGGGGCGGCGGCGGCGUUCGGACAGAGUGUCACCGGCGUGUUCUGCCCGGCGCACACGGACGUGGCCCUGGUGAGCUGCGGGCUGGAGCGCGGCCACUUCCUCAUCUCCGAUGUCCCCUUCCCCGGCUCCGCCGUCACCGUCCUCAAGAGACCCCCGUUCUGUCCCGCCAAGCUGGGAGGGGCCGUGCCGGGUGAGCGGGGGGGACAGCCGGGGGUGGCCGCAGCAGUGGCCGUGCUGCUGGAGGCCGCCUGCGGCCACAUCCUGCUGACCCGCCGAGCCACCGCCCUGCGCCACUUCCCUAAUGUUUGGGUGCCACCAGGUGGGCACUUGGAGCCGGGAGAAGAGCUGGUGGCCGCAGGGCUGCGGGAGCUGGCCGAGGAGACGGGGCUGCACCUGGAGCCCGGGACCUUCUCGUGGCGCCUGCUCGGCCUCUGGGAGUCCCUGUUCCCCCCCGCGCUGAGCUGGGGGCCACCGCGCUGCCACCACAUCGUCACCUACCUGGGGCUGCGCUCGGCCGAGCCCCGCGAGGGGCUGCAGGCCCGGCUGUGUCCGAGCCCAUGUGAGGUCAGCGCUGUGGCCUGGCUGGAGCCCCUGGUCCUGGAAGCCAUCGCUGCCACCGAGGAUGGAGCUGAGGAAUCGGGACCGGGAUCAGGACCGGGAUCAGGACCGGGAUCAGGACCGGGAUCAGGAUCAUCUCCCGCAAAGCUGCCGGCCACCGUGGGGAUCACGGAACUGAGCGCUGGAGGCUCCCGAAGCUCUCAGAUUCCCACCGAGAUCCUGCUGCGCCGGGCCCCGGCCCACGGCCCCGACCUGGAGCGCGUCAGCACCGGCACCAAAUUCGCGCUGGGGCGGUGGCGGGCGGGGCCCGGCCGGGAGGACCGGGAAUAA